CCAUAUUGUUCAAACUGUCUCCGCCUUCACAAGGACUGCGAAUAUGACAGCGUUGAUAAGAGAAAGAAAGAGAGCUGGAAAGCUAUUAUUAACACAAUGGAACAAAAAAUCGCACAACUCGAGGAGAAUAUUCGGCAGCUAAGUUCUAACCCAACUUCUCAGACAGCCGUCGAGACUUCGUUAGUACAGAGCAAACAAAUCGCAGACAAUUCUGGUAGCAGCGCUCAAGUCAUAGGGAGUAUUUUCCCACCAGGGGACUUGACUCAAAUCACUUCUGGCCAUAACAUCUUUGGCCCAACAGGAAAAACAUUUGUUCCGUCAUUCGAUAGUGGGUUCGGCAAGAUACCGAUCGAAGAUCGUAGUCAAACUGCAAUAUCAGCGUUUCUCUCGGGGACUGCCUGCCUGUUUCAUACUUUGCCCCCUGAAGAAUGCAGGAAUCUUACAUCCAGGGUUUACCACAGAGAUAGUAAUAUUGGAAGCAGCGACAUAUGCGAACUCUGCGCCAUUGCCGCUGUUGGCUGUCGUUAUGAUGGUGCCAGUGAGGAUAAUGCUUGCAUGAUAGCCUAUUUUCAAAAAGCCUUGCUUCUUCUCUGUGAUGCUAUAGAAAAAGCCAACAUGCAGACUAUCCGGAUUCUCACCUGCCUAUCAAUGUAUUUGAUCCUUGAUAGGAGCAUCGCCGCAAGACUCCUGAUAUCUAGUGCUCUCCACCUGACGCGCUGGUAUCGGCUAGUUGCCAAGUACGGGCAAGACGCCCAAACGGAAUGGUCCCGGGUCUUUCGGACGUUAACAUCUUUGGAAACUUGGCUUUCAUUUGCGCUCGGAUGUCGACAUGGUCUACGGGACGAUGAAAUCCACGCAGUCAAAAAUCUCAGUAAUAUGGAAUUGUCAAGUGUGGCCUCUGAACAUCCUCCACCGACCACAAUCAGCAUAAUUCAAUCUCAAUUAAGUAAAGUAACAUUACUGGCGGCAGAAGUAUUCUCACGCGCUAGGUUUGGAGACGGCAGCUGGUGGCCGUGGGAAAGACUUGAAGAGCUUUCAAGUCACUUAGACGUAUGGCGUCAGGAACUUCCGGCUUCUCUAGAACUGCAGAGACUUGCUUCGAACAACAAUAGUCUGCCUGAAGACUCCAGGCGAGCUCUUUUUUUGGUACACAUGGUAUACCUUGAGGACCGUGUGAUUUUAUAUCAACACUUCAUGCAGCAAGCUUCUGACGCUUGCAUCAUGAACAUGCCUUCGAGUUUCCAUCAGAUUUACGCAACAUUCGCCCACCAGCUUGCCUGGAUUAUUGGUAUCAUCUUCCAAGAUCGGAGUCCAUUUCUAAGAAAUUGGCUUGCUAUGUCAGUGGAUCUUGAAGCUUGGUCAUAUCAUGCUAAUAUAGGUUUCGUGCUAUAGUCACGCGUCGUUCCAUGCGGCUAUCACGCUGCUAUCGAGUAUAUGCCAGCAUCUUCUUGACGGGUCUGAUCUUAGGAGCAUAGAAAGCCACCUGACCGAUGUCAAUACGUG